CCAGGAUGAGGGCCGGAGGAAAGGCCAUUUCCUGACCAGCUGAAGAGUAGAAUCCACCUCUGGUCCGUGGAGACAGCCCAUGCCCUGUUUUUGCAAUGCUCACCAGCAGCGCAGCCCAUGUCGGCCAAUGGGCAGCUUCGAAAGGCAGCAAAGGAAGAUCCCAGAAGCAGCUGGAAUGUGCAGCUUUCAGUUUGUUACCUGAUGGGGAGGAGAGUGUGAAAUGUGAAGGCUCCGACAGGACAGUGGAUCAGGCUGUGUAUAGACAGAGGGAGGAGGAGGACGAGGAGGAGGUCGAUCAUGUCCGGGUGCUCACACUGCCACUGCAGGCUCAUCACGCCAUGGAGAAGAUGGAGGAGUUUGUCUUCAAGGUUUGGGAGGGGAGGUGGCGAGUUAUACCACAUGAUGUGCUCCCGGACUGGCUGAAGGACAAUGACUUCCUCCUGCACGGACACCGGCCUCCUAUGCCCUCAUUCCGGGCGUGUUUCCGCAGUAUCUUCAGGCUUCACACUGAGACCGGCAACAUCUGGACACAUUUAAUAGGUUUCCUGUUCUUCCUGAUCCUAGGAGUAAUCUACAUGUUCAGGCCCAAUAUUAACUUUGUGGCCCCAGUACAGGAGAAGGUUGUCUUUGGCAUGUUCUUCCUGGGAGCCGUCCUGUGUCUCUGUUUCUCCUGGCUCUUCCACACCGUCUACUGCCAUUCGGAAAAAGUCUCACGCACCUUCUCCAAGUUAGAUUACUCUGGGAUCGCUCUGCUGAUCAUGGGCAGUUUUGUGCCUUGGUUGUAUUAUUCCUUCUACUGCUCACCACAGCCCAGACUCGUGUAUCUCGUCAUAAUUUGUGUGUUGGGAAUAACAGCGAUCGUGGUAUCACAGUGGGAUCGGUUUGCCACGCCGCAGUACAGGGCAGUGCGUGCCGGUGUGUUCCUGGGCCUUGGACUCAGUGGUCUCGUACCCACACUCCACUUCAUGAUUGCAGAAGGAUUCAUCAAAGCUGCUACUGUUGGCCAGAUGGGUUGGCUCUUCCUCAUGGCAAUAUUGUACAUCCUGGGAGUCGCACUCUACGCUGCUCGUAUCCCAGAACGCUUUUUCCCUGGGAAGUGUGACAUCUGGUUUCACUCCCACCAGAUCUUCCAUGUUCUGGUGGUUGCUGCUGCUGUCGUUCACCUCCACGGAGUUUCACAGCUGCAGGCGUUCCGCUCCUCGCUGGGGGGAGGCUGCACCUCCGACAUGAUGGUGUAACUGGAUUUACUGAGUGAGAAACAGGGAGAGAGAAACAAUUGCAGUUUCAAACCGGAAGAUGGAUUUGUUCUCUUUUUAUACCCGAGUAUAAUUUUUUUAAAAGAA